AUGACAGUCAAGUUCUCUACCUUGAAAACUCAGAGGCGUUUUCAAAAUCCCCCAAAGAAUAAAUCUGCUUACCCUUUAUUAACCGAAGCUGUUCAACCUCACAUUGGCUCCUUCAAUGGCUUGACUGAAGGUCCUGAUGGUGGUAUAUUAAACUUGGCUGUAAAAGAUAUUGGCUCAAUUACUGUUUAUGACAACAAUGAUCCUUACAGAGUUGGAAACAAAAUCAAAAUUAGAGUAGAUUCGGUUCAAUUGGCCAAACCUGCUGUCACGCAAAAUGAUACCAUUUCUCUUAACAGAAGAAUAUAUCCUGUAGAAUGUCGAGAAAGACAUACAACUUAUAGAAGUCGUCUACUACUAAAAGUUUGUUGGUCGGUUAAUGAUGGCGAAGAACUCUCUCAAACAAGAGAAGCCGGCCAAAUUCCUAUCAUGGUCAAGUCAAAUAGAUGCCAUUUAGAAUCUCUUUCUCCAGAUGAAUUAGUAAAAGCUAAAGAAGAAAGUGAUGAAUUAGGUGGUUAUUUUAUCGUAAACGGUAUUGAAAAAAUUAUUCGUAUGUUAAUUGUUCCUCGUCGUAACCAUCCAAUGGCUAUAAUACGUCCUUCUUUUCAAAAUAGAGGAACUUCUUAUUCAAAAUUCGGUGUUUCUAUAAGAUCGGUUAGACCUGAUCAAUCUUCUCAAUCAAACGUUUUACAUUUUUUGAAAGAUGGUAAUGUAACUUUUAGAUUUUCUUGGAGAAAAAACGAAUACUUAAUUCCAGUAAUGAUAAUAUUAAAAGCCUUGGUCGAAACGAAUGAUAGGCAGAUUUUUGAUGGUUUAGUUGGUUCUGAUACUUCAAAUUCCUUUUUAACCGAUCGUCUUGAAAUCUUAUUAAGAUCUUUUAAAUUUUAUAACUUGUUCACAAAAAAUGAAACUUUAUCCUAUUUAGGUGAUAAGUUUAGAGCAGUAUUUGGGUUUUCAAAAGACGUUACUGAUAUUGAAGCAGGAGAACUGAUCCUUCAAAAAAUUGUUCUUGUUCAUUUAUCCAAUAACAAUGAUAAAUUCAAGUUGCUUCUAUUCAUGAUUAGAAAAUUAUACACUUUGGCAUCCUCAGAAUGCUCUCCUGAUAAUCCAGAUAGUGCUCAACAUCAAGAAAUAUUGCUUGGUGGUUUUCUUUACGGUAUGAUCAUCAAAGAAAAAAUCGAAGAAUAUCUCAACAAUUUUAGAUUACAAAUUCAAACAGAUAUAACUAGAGGUAUUGCCAUAAAUUUUGAGGAUAAAAAGUAUAUUUCUCGGUGUUUUCUGAGAAUGAAUGAAAAUAUAGGUCAAAAGUUGCAAUAUUUCCUCUCAACUGGUAACUUGAUUUCUCAUUCCGGUCUAGAUUUACAGCAAGUUUCUGGCUAUACUGUUGUUGCUGAAAAAAUUAACUUUUACCGUUUUAUCUCCCAUUUUCGAAUGGUUCAUAGAGGUUCUUUUUUUGCUCAAUUAAAGACUACAACAGUUCGUAAAUUAUUACCUGAAUCUUGGGGUUUUCUCUGUCCUGUACAUACUCCAGAUGGUUCUCCCUGUGGUUUAUUAAAUCAUUUGGCACAUAAAUGUAUAAUUGCAACUCAAGAUUCCGAUGUAUCCAAGGUGCCCGAACUUUUAUAUUUAUUGGGUGUUUCACCUUCUCAUACUCAUGCUGCAGGUCCUAAUUUUAGUUGUGUACAACUAGAUGGCAGAAUUAUAGGUUGGUGUACACAUGAAGAUGCUAGAAUUAUAGCAGACAGUUUAAGAUAUUGGAAAGUUGAAGGUAAACAUAAUAUACCUUUAGAUUUAGAAAUCGGUUAUGUUCCACAAUCUGCAAAAGGUCAAUAUCCAGGAUUGUUUUUAUUUGGUGGAAGGUCUAGAAUGAUGAGACCUGUUCGUUAUUUAGCAAAUGAUAAAAAGGAUAUUGUUGGACCAUUUGAACAAGUCUAUAUGAAUAUUGCUGUUACUCCAGAAGAAAUCAUAAAAAACAUACAUACACAUGUUGAAUUUAAACCAACUAAUAUUUUAUCAAUCUUAGCAAACUUAACUCCCUUUUCCGAUUUCAAUCAAUCACCGCGUAAUAUGUACCAAUGUCAGAUGGGUAAACAAACAAUGGGUACACCAGGUACUGCUUUGGUUCAUAGAUCUGAUAACAAAUUAUACAGAUUACAAUCUGGACAAACGCCAAUUGUCAAAUCAAAAUUAUAUGAUGAAUAUGGUAUGGAUAAUUUCCCCAAUGGUACAAAUGCAGUUGUUGCUGUAAUUGCCUACACUGGAUAUGAUAUGGAUGAUGCAAUGAUAGUUAAUAAAUCAGCAGAUGAAAGGGGUUUUGCGUAUGGUGUUGUUUAUAAAGUCGAAAAAAUUGAUUUAUCGCUCAGUAGAAGAAGGGGAGAUCCAAUUACUCAACAUUUUGGAUUUGGAACUGAUCAAUGGCCAGAAACUUGGAGAGAGAAAUUGGAUGCUGAUGGGUUACCAAUAAUUGGUGUGAUGGUCAAUGAGGGCGAUCCAGUUGUUGCAUAUUAUGAUGAUACAUUAGGAAAAACCAAAUGCAAAACAUACCAUUCUUCUGAAGCAGCAUAUAUUGAGGAAGUUAAAUUAGUUGGAGAUGAUAAUGUUGAUCAAGAAUCACAAAUUAUAACAAUUAAAUAUAGAAUACCACGUCAUACUCAAAUUGGUGACAAAUUUUCAUCAAGACAUGGUCAAAAGGGAACAUGUUCAAGAAGAUGGCCUACGGUUGAUAUGCCAUUUAGUGAAAGUGGUAUUCAGCCGGACGUUAUUAUCAAUCCUCAUGCUUUCCCAUCACGUAUGACAAUUGGUAUGUUUGUUGAAUCUCUUGCGGGUAAAGCUGGAGCACUACAGGGGAUUGCACAAGAUGCUACGCCAUGGAAAUUUGAUGAAACAGAUACACCAGCCGAUUUCUUUGGUGAACAGUUACUAAAAUCUGGAUUUAAUUAUCAUGGAAAUGAACCAAUGUAUUCUGGAGUAACUGGGGAAGAAAUGAGAGCUGACAUAUAUAUUGGAGUUGUUUAUUAUCAAAGAUUGCGUCAUAUGGUUAACGAUAAGUUUCAAGUUAGAUCUACAGGGCCAGUUAAUUCAUUAACAAUGCAACCUGUUAAGGGACGUAAAAGAAGUGGUGGUAUUCGUGUUGGAGAAAUGGAAAGAGAUGCAUUAAUUGGGCAUGGCACAGCAUUUUUAUUACAGGAUAGAUUAUUGAAUUGUUCAGAUUACACACAAACAUCUAUUUGUCGUGAAUGUGGAUCGAUUUUAACAACACAAGCUUCAGUACCAAGAAUUGGAGCACAAUCUACAGUGAGAUGUAGACGUUGUUCAGUGAAAGUUGAAUCAAAUAAACUACCAAGUAGUUUGGGAGUUGAUGAUGCAAGUGUUUGGGAAGAUGGGCAAGGAAAUAGAUUUCUUGGUGGACAAAAUACAACUACAGUUGGUAUACCAUUUGUUUUAAAAUAUCUUGAUUCUGAAUUAGCUGCAAUGGGUAUCAGAUUGCGUUAUGAGGUUACACCUAAAUAG